AAUAUGUCUUUAUUUCCAGCGGUGCCACGAAGAUGACAUAGCUAUGCUUUGUUACUUACUUCCUGACGUUUACAUUGAGUUUCCAAACGUUGCUCUUGGAAAUGUCCAACUUCUUCAUUUAGUGGUUUCCACCGUUGAUUCUUUACAGUUGCAAGAUUUAAUUUGCCAGAUACUUCAAGGACACUUGAAAAUGUUGAAAAAAGAUUCUUUAUUUUCGUUGUUGUCGGCGAGUUUGAAUUGGGAAACCUUUGAACAAUACUGUUUAUGGCAACUUAUAUUUGCUCAUGAUUUUCCAAUUGAAAAUGUUUUACCUAUUUUACCUAAGCUGCAAUUUCACGAUCACGCCGAAGCAUUAACCUGUAUUUUGUUAAUGCUGAAAAAAGAAAAGCCUACGCAGGAACUAUUAAAACAACUGUUGGCAAGGCAAAAUAUAGACGGGGAUCAUUUUGUGGUGGCAGCUUUAAGAUAUUGGUGCCGUGAGUAUGAAGAACAACUUGGAGAUCUUUUAGCGACAUUUUUAUGCACUAGGUACCCAGCAACAAGUCCUAACAAACGAAAACGUUCUAACGCUAGAAACAAUCAAAUAUCCAGUUUUCCUACUGGAGAACAAGUUUUAGGGCAUUUAGAUCAGUUGCGACAGCACUGUAUAUCCGCAUCAGAGUUACAACUCUAUCAACUAGAAGGGAUGCAAAAAGCUUUACAGCAAGCUCAAGCUGCUAGUAGCGACUCCUUAAGAAAAAGUUAUGGUGAUCUAUUUGCUCUUGCAGAAGUAAGCGAUGAACAAGAGCAACCACAAUUGCAGUCAAUAACUUCCAAGAGACAUGUGCAAGCAUCACUAAGCACUUUAUCCAAUAAAGGUGGAUUCAGAAGAGCAGUUUCUAACAUAAAAGAUAGAGCUUCAUUAAAACGAGCACCUCCCAGAGAAAAAAAUACAGAAAGUAGUGAUCAAUCUAGUGAAGAUGAAGAAGUUGUUAAACCCAAACAAGCAAAAAGAAGAAAGAAAGUGAACGCAGUAGGUUCAGAUAGUGAUUAAAAAAUCUUUUCAAACAUGAUGGUGACGUUUUGACACAUGUACAGGCGACUGUUUUUCUAUUUUAUUAUUGAUAUUUAUAAAAGAAACUAAAAUGCUUAAAAUAAAUUUUAAUAAAAAUGUCGUAACAGCUGAAUA